AUGUAUAAAUAUUUGCGAAUUACAAAUUAUAAGCAUAGUAACUUCAAAUGUGUUAAACGCUUUAAAUGUAUAAUAGAUAAUACUUUGAUAGAUAAUAAAUUAAAAUGGAAAACUACAAAAGAAUCCUACUGUGAAUAUAUUUUAAAUGAAGAAGAAGAAAAAGAAAUAAGAAAAAAUCAUGAAUAUAUAAUAUCCAAUAAAAAUAUUAAUAUAGAUAAUAAUUUAAUUUAUGAAUGUAUUAAAAAAUACAAUCGAAAUAAUGUUUCUGAUUAUUAUAAAAAAUUAAAUUCAAACUUAAAUAAUCUUUAUUGUAAUAAUAGUAUAAUUGCUUACUACUAUUUAAAUUUUAUAAAUAAAUUUAUGAAAAAGAUUAAAAAUAUAUCUAUAGUAAAUUAUAUUACAAAUAUAAUUAAUUCAAAAUAUAAAAUAAAUAUCCAUAUUUUUAUAUCCCCAAUAUAUGAAAGAAUAAAUAACCAAGAGUUGCUUUCCAAUUUUCAUUUAAAUAAAAAUGAUGUACGUGAAAUUAUGUAUUUUUUAUGUAUGCACGUAUGGAUAUAUUGUGUAAAAUUAAAUAUGAUAAAUAACAAUCAUUUAAAAGUAUUACUAUGGGAAAAAAUAUGGGACUAUUACAGAGGUUUAAUUAUCAAAUCGAAAAUACCCGAAUUUUCUUUUAACACAUAUUUAAUUAAUAUGCAAGAAUAUUCCCUAGGAUUUUGUGUUGGCUUAGAUGAUUGUAUAACUAAAGAAUUAUAUGCAGGACAUAUUUCGAAUCUCCUUUUUAAUCAUGUUUAUAAUGAAAAUGAAAACUAUAAAAGUUCCAAGGAAUUAUCAAAUCUAACUAUUUAUUGUAUACGAAUGUAUAACUUUAUAUGCCAUUUACCAGAAGACAAUUUCGUUCAAGCCAAAUUUAUAUGGCCGGACCUUAAAUAUGGUCUUGUAUGA